UCCUACUAGUACUGACUACAACAAUUGGAUUCGAAUGAAAAAGCGCUCAAUGAGGCAACACGAUUGGAGGAUUUCCAUCGCCUUUAAAACUUUGGAUCUAAUUCAAUCGUGAAUCAACCUCAGCGCUUCAAGUUCUUUGCAGUUGUCGCCGGGCUUGUACAUAAUUGUUUUUGAUUCUCUUAUUGGCGGGAGGCGUUGUGGUUCGCACUGGUUGCAGUCUCUCUCAAGUUCUGCAGCGAAGGCUGAGGCGUGCAGUGUGAUUCAAGUUCUUCAUUUCUGCGCUUGCGCCUUCCGUUUCGUCCAGCUGGCCCGCUGCGCACCUGGCCUACUACUACUAGUAUCACGACGACAACAACGGACUGCGACUUCAUUGUACUGUCAUUCAAGUUUCAGACUGCGCUCAGGCUGCACUGAUAACAAUUGAACUUGAAAGGAAGGUAGCAGGGCAGUCGCCUUAGACUCUCAAACGGCAGUCGCGACUUCCUACUUCCUACUUCCCAUCUCUCAACUCUCAUUUCAACCUCUCGCGUUCUGCACCACACUCUGCAUUCGUUCUUCUCCCGCAGACCAUGCAGACACUCCUAACCACACUCCCAAACCAUGGCGGAACCAGUCCCAGUCCCCUUCCUUGAGCCGUUGAAGACUCUGCACGAGACUCGGUCUGACGAGGAGUUCGUGCGGGCCUUUGUCGUGGAGAUCCCGGCAAAACUGACAAGCAAGGCUCUAAGCAUUGUCAAACCCAUCAUCCCAUCCGGCGGCAAGCAUCCUUCUUUCAGCCAUCUCCGGCGCCUCUGCACGCUGGUUCACUUACCGCUGGAUCUGGCAUGGCGCCGUGACUAUGACGCCAGGGGUCUUCAGACCGUCUUCCUCUUGUUGCCCAAUACCGUUGUCCCUUGGGAGGACAUAGAAGCUACGCUCAUGCCACACAUCGAUGUUGAAGGCCUGCCACGCUGCUUUGAUGCCGUUGUCCCUCGGUUUGCUCCUCUGAGUGCUGAACAGGCUGCCCUUUGGAGUGAACGUUAUUGGCCAUCCAUCUUCAACCCUGCCGCUCAGGUCGUCCAAGAUGCUCCACCCCUUCAUCAACUUCGCCGGGUACGCACGGCCCUGGAAGUCCCGAUGGCGGACAAGUACAUACAACUGGCUUUUCAGGCUGCAGCUGAGGCUCACGAUGCCGGUCACGGGCGUGGUGUCGGAGCCGUCGUCGUUGAUCCAGAAACAGGUGCGGUAAUGGCGGUUGCUGGUGAUGCCCGCUGGUGGUCAGAAGACCCAAAAAUCCACAAGUCCUUGAUGGCAAAUCAUGGGGAGGGAAGACCAGAAUAUCAUGCCGCCAUGCGGGCCAUCGCCAUGGUUGCCAACAAGGAACUCCGCCGACGUAUCAAAGCCGGGUCGCACAACAAAUUCUUGGCCACCUGCUCCGAAACUCCUUCUGGUCAGGCUGUGACGUCCAUCGAAGCGCGCUACGAAGAUGAUGACAAGGUCCUUCGCGAUCUGACAAAUGGGCUUCGCAACGUCACACUGGUUGACCACGAUUCUCUCCCUGAAAAGCAAUCGGAAUCUCGCAGCGAAGGCUACCUCUGCAGUGGUCUCGACCUCUAUCUCACCCACGAACCUUGUGUCUGCUGUGCUAUGGCUAUGAUCCACUCUAGAUUCAGGGCCUGCGUCUUCGCCCGGAGAAUGCCUCGAAGUGGCGGGCUGUCCGCCGAAACUGGGGAGAAAACGCUAGGCUAUGGUCUUUUCUGGCGCCGAGAACUCAACUGGAGGGUAAUGACUUUCGAGCACACCCGCGCCAUGACCCUGAAAGGCGCAGAUCGAAUCGACAAGGACAUAUUCCAUGCUUAGGAAGUCAAUUAUCCGGAAUAUCAGGCAUCAUUUUCAGGCGAACUCGGCCACCCUGGUCCAGUCUCCGCCGUUUUUUCUACGAAACUCAACCGCUUCACCAAAAUAGCCGGCAUCAUUCCACUGCUUCAUGGUGUCGCGGUUGUACGGUCCAUUGAUGGCACCGCCGUCUCUGGCAUCAGUCCACCUGUACUCCCACAUCUGUUCCUCAGAGCCAUCAGCAGGAGAUUCGUCUGUGUCGGGUGCCGGAGGAUCGGUCCAUUCUUCACCGGUCUCCCUUUGAUACUGUCGAAUGAGCAAUUCUCUUUCAGCAUCGUAAA